AGAUCCUUUAAAAAAAAAACAGACCACUCUUUCAGUGUAGGGAGUGUUUAUUUUGGAAACACCGUGCUAGGCCUCUGAGGAACGGAACUGAAUUAGACACUAAGUUCUAAUUCAGUUCAUACCUUUGCUGAACGGGGCUCAGUGUCACCCGCGUAACCGGAAAUCCAAAUGAUAGUGGCUUAAGCAAUGCAGAGUUUUACUUUUCUCGUUUGUAAAAGUCCAGAGGUGGGGUCAGAGUCCAUCCAGCAGGGCUGUGUCUAUGAGGAGUGCUGGUCCUUUGUGUCCCCCUUUGUGGGAAGAUGGUCUUAGACUAGCUCUGGCCCCCAGAGUCCAGGGCCAGGCCUGGCAGAAGAGGCAAGCGGCACACAGUGUGCCCUCCCACCCAUGCAGCCCUCUCUCCAGAGCCCCUCCGAAGCCCCACUCAUUUCACUCACCAUCUCCUGGGGGUAGAGGAGGCUGGGAAGUGGUGUUUAGCUGAGCACAUUAACAUGGGGGUUCUGUUGGUAAGGAAGGGGGAGAAUGAGCGCUGGGGGAUUAUAAACCCGGUCUACUGUGAUAUUGUCAAAGCCCAGGAGUUGGCAGGAGCUCACUGUGUAGGAGUGGUCAUGCCUUUAAUCCUGAGGCAGGUUGUAUGGACUUUUGAGAAUAUUCCAUGCUGGGGAAAGAGCAUCAGCUGGCGUGUUUUGGGAAGAGUGAGUAUAAUGCUAAUGCAAAUGAUUGAAUAAUUUCACUGUUGAGGUACAGUUCUCAAAAGCUUAAAUUGACACUAUUUUUACGUUUUGUCUAAUGACAAAUUAUUUUUACUUUUUUCAUCUAAAUUUUGAUUUUUCAUGUAUUUAACAUAAUAGGAACCCUAUUAAUAAUCAGUAUUAUUUUCCCUCUUUGCAAAUUCUUCCUAGAGUUAAAUUUGUAGUUUAGUAAAAAUUCACUUAUUUGAGACAUAUGUCCCAGAAAGCUUUCCUGCUAAUUCCACUGUUGAUCCUGUUGAGUUACUCAUUUAUUCAGCUCACACUCAUUGAGUGUGUGCCACAUGCCAGGCAAAAUAGGGAGCUAUGCUGUGGGCUCUCUGUACCCUGCCCUUUGGCAAUCCGCACACCUGUGCAUGUUGCAGGUGGCCGGCACGCGACGGCUUUAACUGUCGAUGGAGAAGUGUUUUCGUGGGGCGAAGGUGACGACAGAAAACUUGGACACUUCAGCAAAAUGAACUGUGACAAGCCAAGGCUGAUCGAGGCCCUGAAAACCAAGCGAAUCCGGGAUAUCGCCUGUGGGAGCUCGCACAGCGCGGCCCUCACAUCCAGCGGGGAACUGUACACCUGGGGCCUCGGCGAGUAUGGCCGGCUGGGACAUGGGGAUAAUACGACCCAGCUAAAGCCCAAAAUGGUGAAAGUCCUUCUUGGUCACAGAGUAAUCCAGGUUGCAUGUGGGAGUAAAGACGCACAGACCCUGGCUCUGACCGAUGAAGGUUUGGUAUUUUCCUGGGUGAUGGUGACUUGGGAAAAUUGGGAUGGGGCGGAAGUGAAGGCUGUAACAUUCUCCAGAACACUGAGAGACUGAAUGGACAGGGGGUGUGCCAGAUUGAGUGUGGAGCUCAGUUCUCCCUGGCGCUCACCAAGUCUGGAGUGGUGUGGACAUGGAGAAAGCGGGAUUACUUCAGGUUGGGCCAUGGCUCUGACGUGCACGUGCGGAAACCGCAGGUGGUGGAAGGGCUGAGAGGGAAGAAGAUCGUGCAUGUGGCCGUCGGGGCCCUGCACUGCCUGGCGGUCACGGACUCGGGGCAGGUGUAUGCUUGGGGUGACAAUGACCGUGGCCAGCAGGGCAAUGGCAUGACCACGGUUAACAGGAAGCCCACACUCGUGCAGGGCUCCGAAGGCCAGAAGAUCACGUGCGUGGCUUGCGGGUCGUCUCCCAGUGUGGUGUGGACAACCGUGGAUGUGGCCAUGCCCUCUGUCCAUGAGCCCGUCCGCUUCCAGACUGCAAGAGACCCUUUAGGUGCUUCCUAUUUAGGUAACACAGGAGGGGACAUUUAGGCUCUAGCAGCAUCUGCUUUUAUGAAUAACUGGAAUGUGAUCUUCUGGCUGUGUUAGUUACUGACUGUAUGAACUGGGGCAAGUGACUUCGCCUUCCUGUGCUGUCUUCUUUUCUGGGGUAGAUGAAGGUAAGGCUUGACUCUUGUCUUCUCCUUUCUGGUUCAUAUUAGUAUUUUCUUAACG